AGCCCUGGAAGUAUAAUUAUACCGAUGAUGCAGUUGGCUUCUAAGCUUAAAGUACAGGCUUGCCUUCCUAUGUCCAGCUUCGGUAAUAGACAUUAUAUCAAAAAAAUGACCAGUAGAAUAAUGAACACCUGUUAGAUUAAAAUGACUGGAUUAUUAUAGUACCGAAGACGACCACCUUGACUUACCACUCAAGAGAACCAGAGCUACACUAUCUCCCACUUCAUCAAUCAGAUUAACAACAUCUUCAUCCCGCCAGAUUCCACCAGGCUGAAAUUCAGAUACCCACUUACACAUACACUUCCAACAACCAACACUCACCUUCUCAGCUUUGACAAAUAUUAUGGAAGAAUCAGGUUCAUAGCCAUGCCAACGCACUUGGGACUGAACAGCAUACUGCACAAACACAGCAUUAACUACACACAAUUUUAGGCCAACCCACCAGAUCGGAAGGAAAUGGGUUUUCUUCCAUCAGGAUCUUGUAACGAUCAGGCGUGGGCUUGUAAAAUGGAACCUGUGAGAACCAACAUUUACUACUGCACCACGAGACACAGAGGUAUGGCACUAACCAGGCCCAGGUGCAGAUUGACAGUCAGUGAAUUCAUUGCUGUAACUUCAGUGUCUUUUGCACCCACCAGCUUGGCAAAGCCAGGGAUCACAGAGUCCUCAAUAGGCAUCCAUGCAUUGGGUCCCAUCAAGUGCCCUCUUACUCCUCUGCACAGCGCGGCAACAGUCUUUUUAUAGAUUCAAAGCUACAAUGGCAACAUAUCCACCUCUCUGCCCAGCUAUCCAAUGCUUCAGCUACUACAGCGCGGGUUGUUUUAGGUUGCAGGCCAAGGGAAUUGCCACACAGGUAGACACACUCACUCGACGGGUCGACAUCUGAAAAGAAUUGACACAUCGGGAAGGGUCCACGGUAACGUACCAGCGCUCCGUUCUCCCUCAGAGAGUAGUUGACCCGCGCUAGGGAUGUUGAAGCUGCUACGGAGGUGAGCCAAUCGGAUCUCGACGAUCAAGCUCUAUCGCGAAUGCAUCACUAUCCAAUUCAACUCCCAAAGACUCCGCAGUGUCCUGAAGAUACUUCUGUACCUCGCCUUUGGUAAAGAACCCUUGCGCGUCCAUGCUAGAGAGAGCGCCAGCGAGUGCCUCCCACGCCACGCCCACUUUUACCAGUGGAUCGACCUGCGAUGGCGGCCAACAAGUACUCUGCCUUGAAGUUGUUGACGAGUCUCUACAAGCCUACAUUGUAUCGAGCGUCAAGCGAUAUCCCUGUCCAAAAACGCAGGUUUCAGGAGAGUAACACGGCAAAAAGAGCUCGCCUGUUUUACCAAAGCCGGCAAGUUUUCAAUUGUGUUAUAGCUGUACUGAUGUCUAGAACAUUGCAGGAAACGUGGCACCCUAGAAAAUGGGAUCUUACUGAGUUCAUUCACAGCCAACUAUUUAAAAGAUAUGGACGAGCGACAGCUGGGCCAGUUGGAUGUCCUCCUGAACCACACCGACAGUGACUGCCAACUCUAUAACUGGAUAACAGGAGGCGGAAAGAGAGAGAGAGAGAAUGACGUGGAAAAGGAUGAGGAGGAAAAGGACACAGUUGGACCGGUCCCAGCUGGUGCUACAACAGCUACCAAGAAAAGGAAAACUCUAGCGUAUGAGCAAGUCUACCUGGAAAAUCUUCCGAGCGCUGAGAUGUACGAGAGAAGCUACAUGCACAGAGAUGUCAUCACACACACCAUUUCCACACGGACUGACUUUUUGGUGACGGCCAGUGCCGACGGCCACGUCAAGUUCUGGAAGAAGAAGGAGCAGGGGGUGGAGUUUGUCAAGCACUUCAGAGCCCACCUAGGGAGGAUCACUGCAGUGGCUGUCACAAAGGAUGGCUUGCUGCUCUGCACUGCUGCACAGGACAAAGCCCUCAAGGUUUUUGAUGUCGUCAACUUUGAUAUGAUAAAUAUGUUGCGUCUCGGUUACACUCCUGCGUAUUGUGUGUGGCUGUAUGCUGGAGGUGCAGCAACUGCAGCUAUUGCGUGCUGUGAGCAAGACACGCCAGUUGUGCACGUGUAUGAUGGCCACGGCGGUAACACAGAAUUGGCUCGUCUCUCCUCCCUCCACACCUCCCCUCUCACCUUCAUCGAGUACAACAGUCAGUUUGAGGCAGUGGUGUCAGGAGACAGGACUGGGAUGUUGGAAUACUGGAGUGGGCCUUCAUUUGGCUAUUCCUUUCCCAAGAAUGUGCUCUUCCAACAUAAGCUGGACACUGAUCUCUACGAGUUUGUCAAGCACCGAGCCAUUCCCCUCAACAUGUCUUUCUCUCCUGACGGUAAGAUGUUUGUGGUGAUGGCAAGUGACAGAAAGAAAAAUCCUCAGCUACCAAAUAUGGAGUUUGGUCGUCGCCUGGCAGUUGAAAAGGAAAUUGAAAAGGCAUCAACUCUUCCUCUUGCAAAUGCCCUGUUUGAUUGUAGCGGACACUUCCUUUUCUAUGCCACAAUGAUGGGGGUCAAAGUGGUGAACCUGACCACCAAUCGCUGUGUGAGAAUCAUUGGUAAAGAGGAGAGUGUGCGUUUCCUUCACCUGGCUCUUCACCAAGGCCAGAUUGGGAAGACUGCUACCCACUCUGUCGAAAUGGAGGUGUCCAACAAUCCAUCUCUGAGACGUGACACAUCGGAUCCGUCUCUCUUCUGUGCUGCCUACCGCAAGAACAGGUUCUACAUCUUCUCCAGGCGGGAGCCUGAGGACAGCAAGAAGACUGACAGUGAGAGAGAUGUUUUCAACGAGAAGCCCUCGAAAGAGGAGCAGAUGGCAGCUACACAGUCAGGAUCCAGUAACUCCAAACUGAGUUCACUCGUGACCCUGCAUACCUCCAUGGGCGACAUCCAAAUUAAACUUUUCCCAGAAUACUGUCCAAAGACUGUAGAGAACUUCUGCGUCCAUGCAUAUGACGGCUACUAUAACGGCCACAUUUUCCACCGUGUGAUAAAGCAGUUCAUGGUGCAGACUGGAGACCCCACAGGAACUGGAACUGGAGGAGAGAGCAUUUGGGGUGGGGAGUUUGAAGACGAGUUUCAUCCAAUGCUAAAACACGAUCAUCCAUUUGUGGUGAGCAUGGCCAACGCAGGUCCCAACACUAAUGGCUCUCAAUUCUUCUUCACUGUUGUGGCUACUCCAUGGCUUGAUAACAAACAUACCGUGUUUGGCCGUGUGACUAAAGGAAUGGAUGUUGCACAGCAAAUCUCUGAAACAAAGACACACCCCAAAACUGACAAGCCAUAUGAAGAUAUAAAGAUACUGAACAUAACAAUGCAUUGAUUUUCUCUAUUGUCUUGUGUCAAACUCUCUAAGGAAGUCUUCCUCCGUCGACUGUGAGGACUGUGCCUGUGAGGUAGGAGGCAUCCUCACUGCACAGGAAGAGAACAGCCUGAGCCACCUCAGACAGUCGACCAAGCCUUCCCAGCGGUGUCCCUGCCACCAUCACUUCCUCCAUGGCUCUCAGCUCACUCUCCGUGGGUUUCCUGUCCUCACCUGUCUUUGCUAACAGAGCACAGCGAGCCCUCCCCUCCACUUGUGUCAGCCACAUACGACCCUCCAGUAUGCCAGGCGCCACAGCACACACCCUCACGCCAUGGGGAGCAAGGUCCUUUGCUGCUGACUUUGUCAUUCCUAUCACUGCAUGUUUCGACGCAGCAUAAGCUGCCAUGUAGCGAGGUCCCAGGAGCCCAGCAAGGCUAGCAGUGUUGACAAUCACCCCUCCCCCUGACUCUGCCAUGGCUCCUGAUACAUGCUUGAGGCCAAAGAAUGCUCCGAUCACAUUCACCUGUAUCACACUCUGGGCAAGUUUAGAGUUCUGGUGGUGAAUGGGAGCUAGUUCUCCCUGUAUCCCAGCAUUGUUGAAGAAACAGUUGAUUGGUCCUAGCCUCUCAACUGUCUUUGCCACCAUACUCUGCACCUCAUCUUCACGCGUCAUGUCUGCACACAACACUACUGUUUUGUAAGCACCGCUCGCUUGAAGCUCCUUGCGCUGAUCCUUCAGCUGAGGCAAGGUCUGCGGCAAGUCAACCAGAACUAUACUUGCCCCUUCCCGUGCAAAGGCAGAGGCUGUUGCAUUGCCAAUGUCCCCUGCUGCACCGGUUAUCACAACCACUUUCUGCAAAAACCUUCGCUUUCCCUCAUUUUCCUUCCUUCCAUCACUCCUAGCUUCAGCCUUUGUCUGCACGCUGGCGUGACAACUGACCUGCUUCCUGCGCAAUCGCCACGCAUAGAGUAGCACGCUCCCUGUCACUAGCAACCAAGGAAUGUGGACAGCUAUAUUCCUCUUCACCACUCCACUCUCUCGUUGGAGCAAGCGCCGUAUAACGAAAGGCGAC